GAUUCGGGUUUGUUGUGACAACAGUUCGUAGGCUAAGACAACAAGCCGAUCCGCGGGUGUCAUAACCACUCAUACCCGGAGUCCAGAUGUUGCGCACAAUUAUCAUAUCAGCAGCACAUCAUUUGCGACUAAGUGAAAAAGCAGAUUGGACUGGCACACUCUGCGCCCUCUUUAAAAAGCAGCUCCGCCGAAUCCGGGAUUUCAGUAAUAGUUUAGCCCUAGAAGCUCACAGAACCGCCAUGAAGAACUCCCACGCGAACGUCAAUUACGAGUCCUAUUGCUACGAGGAUAUUACUAAAUCGUGGCUCAACCAAACGGAGGGAUAUACGGACUGCAGUUAUGUAUAUGGCCACAGUGAGGUUUCCGCCUACGCGGAUUACAAUAAAUUAGAAACUAAUUGGUGCAACGAAGUCAACGAUCAAUGGUUACAAAACGAGGAGACGACUGGUCCAGAACUUCCAAGACAAACGACCAAACUCCGGGCCAACACGAAUCGCAAGGAACGCACAGCAUUUUCAAAAACGCAGCUUAAGCAGCUGGAAGCGGAGUUCUGCUAUUCCAACUACCUGACCCGUUUGCGUCGCUACGAGAUCGCAGUGGCCCUGGAGCUGACAGAACGCCAGGUGAAGGUGUGGUUCCAAAAUCGCCGCAUGAAGUGCAAGCGCAUCAAACUUGAGGAACAGCAAGGCAGUUCGGCCAAAACGCCCUUUUAGUUUGUACAAGGACAUUUUUUAACACAAUUCAUCUUACAAAAUGUUUUUGCUUACUUAACAACUAUAGUAAAUGUAUUUUAA